AGCUGCCAAAGCUAACCAGCCAUAACUUGGUCCACUUUUUCUGGUAAUUACGGUAGCUCUGCGCAUGCGCAGAACGCAACAUCCGGAAAUAAUAUUGUAGGCGAGAAUUAAAACCUCUUGAGUUGAGAGGGGUGGUCGCGACUCGGUGAAAUUGUUCCGCUGAUAGCGCAUAACAUCCGUAAAACAUGAACGCGGAUCUUUUUUAACCGACGACAAUAUUUGUUCGCUCAACUGGAGUGGAAUUUCAUCUUUCUGGGGUUUGAUUUGUGCGGUCACUGGCUUAAAGCUAGAGGAACAGGGUCCAUUCCAUUGGCUGUAUACAAAGUUACGGGUGACAGCCGUUGCUACUGUUGAUGUCAUAUUGUUUUAUCCACACGCGUAUUUAAAUUAAGUGUUGUUAUUGUAAAGCGGAUGUUUUUAAACAUGAAGAAUAACUGGUGCUGAUAUAUGGCGUAAGAGGGAUUCGUUGAUAGUUUUGUUGGACACAACUUUAUUUAUUAUAUGUGCGACUGAACACUAGUAAAGCUAUGGCGGAAUCGGUCAAGACCUUUCAAGCGCACCUGACCGCUGUCAUGGACAGUUUAGUCCGCGCAUCCGUGUGCGAGAUCACCAAACUCUUCCAGGACACGGUGAACGACUACCUGGUGGAAAUCUCGCUGAACAGAAAAGAGAACGAAGCGCUGAAAUUGAGACUGAGGCUGACAGAGAAUAAAUUGAGAAACGAACGCAAAUAUGGCAUGGGCUGGGCGGCUAGUCGGCGUGCGGCUGGUCUGCUUGGCGCGGACGACACCGUGCGCAAAGCGCGAAGAAUGGAUCUCCAAAGAGGCAAGCAAGGGAAGGAGUGGAGUGCUAAUGCGUGGGAGGAGGGGACUGGAAGAGUGAGGGAUGAGAGGAGGGACGUGUUCCGUGUCCAUCUGCCAGCUGGAGGAGGUGGAGGUGGGGAGGAGGAGGAGGAGGAAAGGAUAUGUCUCUCUGGGGAGAGGAAGGAGGUGGCCAGCAUUAAAGAGGAGGUGGAAGGCUACAGAUCAGACUCCCUGAGGCUGUUGCAAGAGGCUCUACAGAUGAACCAAAGUGAAACCAGCCCUCCCUCCCCCAGUCCCACCCACGGAGAAAUGGGCCCCACCCCUACUGGCCCUCAAUCCACUGCUGCUGAAGUGUGGGAGGAACAACCGGCCUUGUCAGAGGAACAAAUGACUGGUGGAGACGAGCUCAGUGGACUGGAGACGGCCCUCAAGGCGGAGCGUGAACGUGAAGAGGCGGAGUCCGGCCUGGGUAGCCCAUCUCAGGAGGCGUGUGGAUCUGAAGGUGUGGCCUUCAUCGGAUUAGAUGGUUUAUGCAGCUCUCAACAGGGUAUGUCGUCCUCGUCACAUAGGGCAGACCCUGCAGAACUCCCAUCAGCCCCUACGAACAAGGAAGAGGAAGAGGAGUCAGGAGGAGAGAGCGGCGACAUGCUGCAUUUCUGCGCACGGUGCGGCAGCGGCUUCAAUUCCACAUCUGACCUCAUGAAGCACUCAUGUCCUGCGGCCGAGGAUCGGCCUUAUCAGUGUUCGGUGUGCGGGAGAGCGUUCGGCCACGCCUGGAGCCUUAAAAGCCACGAAUGCGUGCAGGCGGGAGAGCAGCCGCACCACUGCGAACUCUGUGGCAAACGCUUCACGCACUCGCGGUCCCUUGAGCGCCAUCAGCUGGUUCAUACAGGUGAGCGUCCCCACAGGUGCCCGCAGUGCGGCCGCAGCUUCAGUCGUCUCGGCAACCUGGAGAGGCACCAGCGCAUCCACACGGGUGAAAGGCCGUAUGAGUGCGGGGCGUGUGGGAAACGAUUCAGUCGAGUGGAAUACCUGAAACGGCAUCAGCACAUCCACAUUGGAGAAGCAAUGGUGAAACUCCCACCGCUGCGAAACUCCCACCACUGCUCCCAGUGCAACCAGACAUUCAGCGAUACUGAGCAGUUCAAGCAGCAUCAAUGUCUGUAUAACACUUAAUAUUAUUCAGUGUUCAUGAGGAUCUUGUUCUUACACAAUACUAGACCUUAACUAGUCAGAUCUGCAGCGCUCAAAACACCUUAUUCUUCAUAUUUCUAUUCAUUUUCUGUAUUUCUAAUUUUCUUUUAGCAUCUUACCACAUGCUUCUUCCUUUAAUGACCCCAAACAAGAUCUCAUUACUGACUUGUACACAAACCCUACGCCUCAAAGCAAAGCACACUUAACCUAGUGCAAAGACAAUAUCUCAGAGUGGAAUUUCUUAUUUAUUAUUAUUAUAUUAUUACUCAGAAACUGUCAACGCAUUAUUCACAGUUAAAGUAUAUAUAUAGCAACAUAACAAGCACCUCUGUUCCAACUCCAAAAAUGCAAAUAACUCUAUUUUUGUUAUGUUGAGCUACUUAUAACAGGUUGUGAAAUACAAGGACGUUUAUAACAACUUGUUGUUUCUUAUUAAUAACAAAUUGUGUUAUUCAUCCAUUCUUUAGUAUGUUUUUUUUUUCUCUUAUAGAUCCCAUGUGUUGUUUUUACUCAAUUCAGAAGUGAAAUAUUUGUUGUGAUGAUAACAGUAUUGCUUUAGGUUUUUUUUGUUUUUUUUUCAUGUUGUAUUUCAUUUACUUCAUACCGUAUUAAACAUUAUGGUAAAUGUAAAAUAAAAAUCCUAUCCAAAUA